AUGACGCUGGUCGCGGACACGGCGCAGGCGGGCCGCGGCGAGCUGUCCUGUCUUGUUAACUACGCGGGCCGCAACGUGCCCGUGCGCAUCGACGCGCGCGGCGUCAACAUCUACGGUCUCGUCUUCACGCCGCAGAGCGGCGGCGAGCACAAGGUGUCCGUCUUCUACAGCGGUGUCGAAGUACACGGAUCACCGUUCAUUGUUGACGUGAUGGAUACAACUCAGAUCGGUGUUUCUGGAGAAGGGCUACAGGUGGCAGCAGUCGGUCGCCUCACGACUUUCCUCAUCCAUACACCGAAUGUCAACAUACACGACCUGGAAGUGAAUCUAACCACACCACGUGGUCGAACAAACCCAGUCAGGCUGUAUGACAGAGGCCAGGGAACAUUUGAAGCUGAAUUUACAGCUGCCGACGUCGGAGAACACACAAUUGAGGUGAAGCUCAUGGGUCGCCAGGUGGCUGAAAGCCCUUGGAAGUGUCAGGCUUUCGAUGCGAGCAAAAUCUACGUGUCUUCCAUACCAACACACACAAAGGAAAAGAUGGUUGAGUUUGACAUUGAUGCCUCCAAGGCUGGUUCGGGAAACCUUGAGAUCAUGGUGAACCAGGGCACGGAAGAGUGCGCCGUACAGAGCUUUGGAAACCAGAAGUUCCGCGCUCAGUUCGAGGCCGUGCCUGCCAAGACCUACACCAUCGACAUGAAGUUUAAUGGAGAAGUAGUGCCAGGCAGUCCUUGGAAAGUGAAUACGAUGGACCCCAACAAGGUUCGAUGCACAGACUUGACAUCAAACAGGAUGUUUGCUGUGCGCGAAAAGGCUUCAAUCGAAGUAAACACCACAGAUGCUGGAGAGGGAAGGCUCAAGGCCACAUUGACCAUACCAAGUGGACAAAAGAUACCCUGCGAUGUGUAUGAGACAUCACCUGGCAUGUAUAAGGUGGAGUUCACAGUCACUGAUGCAGGUGUUCACGUGCUGGAGAUACUGUUCGGCGGACAUCACAUCCCGGGCUCGCCGUUCACGUUUAAAGUCUUCGACAUCGGUCAAAUCAACGUCAAAGGCUUGCGUCACGACGGCAUUGGCGGCUUAGUCGGCCAGCCCGUCGCAUUCGACGUGGACGCGUCGCAGGCCGGCCACGGCAACCUGGAGAUCAUGGUGAAUGGCGGCUACGUAGAGUGCGCCGCACAGAGCGUCGGCCAUCAGAAGUUCAAGGCGCAGUUUGUGCCGAAGCAAGCGAAGCGGCACACCGUCGAGGUGAAGUUCAACGGCGAGCCAGUGAACGGUAGUCCAUGGGCGUUUGAUGUCAUUGAUCCAUCUGCUAUAACCGUGUCAGGAGAGGGUAUACGCAAUUCCAUGCUUAAUAAACCAACGUGGUUUGACAUCAACACUGGAGGACUUGACAAUGAGCUGCUUGAGGUCAAGAUGAAAGCACCCAGUGGAAAAGAGGCGACGCUUCACACUAGAGAGCUGAUGCAUGGUGUUUACAGAGCUGAGCACACGUUGACAGAGCAUGGCUACCAUGCUUUGGAUGUCAGCUAUGGUGGAUACGCUGUCCAGGGUAGUCCGUACACCAUACGACCUUUCAACCCGGGUGACAUCAAGGUUGCUGAUAUGCCGACGGUUUGCAACCUUGGAGAUCCUGUCAACUUCACGGUUGACGCAGCAAAAGCAGGAUCGGGCAAUUUGGAGAUCAUGGUCAAUGGCGGCCAUGUUGACUGUGAAGUCACGGACUUAGGUCACCAGCGUUUCCGUGCACGCUUCACACCUACUGAAGCCAGCGAUCAUAUCAUUGAUAUGCGCUUCAAUAGUCAACCUGUCCCAGGAAGCCCAUGGCAGGUUCGCGUGGAGGAAGGAGAUAUCAGCAGAAUCCGUGCUUAUGGGGAAGGACUGACCAGUGCCCGCAUGCACCAGCUGUCUGCAUUUGAUGUGGACACUGGCGGACUGUUUGGCUCCAAGAUCACUGCUAACCUGCGAUCUCCCAGCGGUCGCUCCAUGCCCUGUCGUGUGGUGGAAACAACAAAAGGCCAAUAUAAGCCUGACUUUAUAGUCACAGAACCAGGCACGCACUAUCUGGAUGUGAUGUAUGGACCACGUCCCAUCAAAGGCAGCCCCUUCAAGAUAGAAGUAGCAGAUCCUAGUCUGAUCCGAGUGGAUCUACAGGAUAAAAGAGGACUUAUUGGCAAACCAGUAUACUUCAGUGUCGAUGCUGCGAAGGCGGGGUCGGGUAAUCUGGAGAUCAUGGUGAAUGGCGGCCAUGUUGACUGUGAGGUGUCCAACCUCGGAAACCAACGAUUCCGAGCUCACUUCGUGCCAGAGGAGCCGGUACCACAUAACAUCGAGAUGCACUUCAAUGGACAACCGAUCCCAGGAAGCCCAUGGCAGGUCCUCAUUGAGGAGGAGGACAUUAGUAGAAUACGCGUGUACGACGAGGGACUCAGCAACGUGCGCCUGCACCAGUCGGCUGCAUUCGACGUUGACACCGGCGGUCUGUACGGCUCCAAAAUCACCGCCGACCUGAGAAGUCCGAGUGGGCGCACCACACCAUGUCGUGUUAGUGAACCUGUUAGGGGUCAGUUCAAGGUGGACUUUGUCGUGACUGAAGCAGGAAGCCCAUGGCAGAUCCUUGUGGAGGAGGAAGACAUCAGCAGGAUUCGUGCUUAUGGAGAAGGCCUGACCAAUGUCCGCAUGCACCAGUCGUCUGCGUUUGAGGUGGACACUGGUGGACUAUAUAGCUCCAAGAUCACUGCUGACCUGAGAGCUCCAAGUGGACGCACCACCCCAUGCCGUGUUAAUGAAACAGCAAGAGGCCAAUACAAAGUAGACUUUGUAGUCACCGAAGCAGGCACUAACUAUUUGGAUGUAAAAUACGGAGACCGUCCAAUCCGAGGUAGUCCGUUCACGAUAAAGGUUUCUGAUCCUGGUCUGGUUAGAGUUGAUCUACAGGACAGGAUGAAAGUCAAGAUUGGUGAUCCUGUCACCUUUAAUGUUGAUGCAGCACAAGCUGGAUCAGGAAACCUGGAGAUCAUGGUCAACAGUGGCUAUGUUAACUGUGAUGUCACAGAAACAGGAAAGCAGCGCUUCAAAGGAAGAUUUAUUGCAGAAAAACCGAUAACUCACACGGUCGAGAUGCGCUUUAAUGAUCAGCCAGUACCAGGAAGCCCAUGGCAGAUUUUUGUGGAGGAGGAAGACAUCAGCAGGAUUCGUGCUUAUGGAGAAGGCCUGACCAAUGUCCGCAUGCACCAGUCGUCUGCAUUUGAGGUGGACACUGGUGGAAAGACAUCAGCAGGAUUCGUGCUUAUGGAGAAGGCCUGA